CACACAGUCAACCACUUGAAGGAGAAGGAAUUCUUCAGCCCCUUGUUUCAACAGACCUUGGACUAUUUUCUGCUGCUUAACUCCCUUUGCUCCCCUGUUUUGGUGAACAGAAGAUCCUAAGAGGAGGAUGAGGCAGCUAAGAGGAAAACCCAAAAAAGAGACCUCCAAAGAUAAAAAGGAGAGAAAACAGGCAAUGCAAGAGGCCCGGCAACAGAUCACCACUGUCGUGCUUCCCACGCUGGCUGUUGUAGUACUGCUGAUUGUUGUGUUUGUUUAUGUAGCGACUCGUCCAAAUACAACUGAAUGAUGCAGCUUUUCAGACUUUCUCGCUUUGGGGUAUUAAUAAUUUUCUCAAGAGCCAAAAGGAACUCUCUGCCACUCUUUCAGUACUUUACAAAGGAACUCGCUGGUAUUUUCAGUCUUUCUCUUGGUUAGGGUCCCGCAGUUUCUCUUUAGGAAUGUAACAUAAAACGUAUUGGUGAAUGUGCCAGUACGUUUUAUGGUCCAGUUCAUGUGCCUUUCAGACUUUUAAAAUGGUGUUUUUCUUAAAUCUGUUUGAAGCUCUAUAUUGUAAAAGGAAAUUGUGUUCUGCUAUAAAUUUGUAAAAAAAUCAGCUUUCAGCUUUUAUCGCUGUUAUGGAUAACGUUGCUCCCAUGAGCUCUUGUGCGUCUAUUUCAGAACUUCCAAAGAAGUACACUUCUUCUUUGUACUUAAUGUCAUAUGAAGUGCUUUGAUUCAGAAAGGAUAUAUUUAUUUUUUGAAUAAAAGAAGUCUUGAAAUCUUCAAAUUAUUUUGCAAAAAAAUGUGACUUAUUGUGAAAGCCUACAUUGUGUAAUAAUUUUUUCAUUAAACACUAUGU